UUCAACAAUAUGGAAGAAAGUAAUAGUUAUAAAUAUGGAAUCAAAUCAACAUUAGCUCAAUGCUGGGCAAUAUCAGGAACAUGGUUAUUAGAAAUUGAAAACGGCAUGCAAGUUAUAACAUCCACUAUAGUUAUAGGUGCCUCGGAAAAUAAUGCAUAUAGAAAUGAAAAUGAAUUUUUGACAAUAACAAGCGAAGAAGCAUCUUGGUUUGGUAAGCAUAUUAACUCUUUUGUCAAAUUACCUCUGGGAAUUGUUUUAUCCACGCUUUUACUGGACCGACUUGGUCACAAGAAAUGCAUGAUACUGGCAAAUAUACCAUGCCUAGUAGCUCAGAUUAUGUUGUAUUUUGUUAAAAAUGUGGAAAUGUUGUAUGUUUGUUCAAUGCUAAUGGCAUUGAGCAUAGGGUUUAUGAGCGCCCCAAUUCUUGGGUAUCUUGGUGAAGUAUGCGAACCAAAAUUAAGAGGUAGCUUGACUUCGGCGUCGUGCAUAUUUUACUAUAUGGGAACCAUUAUAUUGACAAUGUUGUAUAGUAUUACUAAGCAAUGGAGAUUGACGGUGAUAAUGUCUAUGGUGUUUCCAAUUAUAACCAUUACUAUAUUAUUAACGACGCCAGAUUCUCCUAUGUGGUUAUUAGCCAAAGAAAAACAUUCAAAAGCACAUAAAAAUCUCAGCAGAUUGAGAGGUAAAGUUUCAUAUGACAAAUGUGAAAACGAAUUUCAAGAAAUGGUUAGAUACAAUAUGCCUUCUAACAAUGACAAAUCGCUCCACAAAGAAAAUACAAAUACAUGGAAACAAUUUUUUGAACCUGCAGUACUAAGACCUUUUCGUCUAUUGAUGAUGUACUUCUUCUUCAAGAUUUUAUUGUCCGGAUUACCAUUAGUACCAUAUUUAGUAUCAAUAUUUAAUAAAUUUGGUGCACCUGUUAAUGUCGAAUGGACAAUAUCAUUUGCAAUGUUCCUUUCUAUAAUAGGAAGUUUAAUCGCAGUUUUUUUAAUACCUAAAUUAGGCAAACGAUUUCUUACAUUAUUUACGUUAUCAAUUUGCUCCAUAUGCUAUAUACUCAUUGGAUUAGUUGGUAUUUAUUGGAAAAACGCAGAAUCAAUUACCUCUUGGAUUAUACUUUUACUUUAUCUUACUACUAUUUUAAUUUCAUCAUCUGGAAUAACACCAAUCUCAUGGAUACUUAUCACUGAAAUAUUUCCUGCAAAGUCUAGAAACAUUUUAUGCAACAUAUCUUCAGCGUUAUUCUAUGUGAUAACGUUCUUUAUGACAAAAUAUUAUCCAGAUUUUUCAAAUUUAGUGGAAUUUUAUAAUGUAUUUACUAUAUGUGGUAUUUUUGGUUUAUUUGGAUGUACAUAUUUCUAUUUUUGUUUACCAGAAACCGAAAACAAAACAUUACAAGAAAUUACUGAAUUUUUUAAAUAAAAUUAAACAAUUAAAAAUACAGAAUAUUUUCUAAAUGAUGAAUGUAUUGAUUUUAUCAUAAAAGUUUUUUUUUUCGGAAGAAUACUUGAAAAGUUGUUGAUAAAAUGCCACAAUUUUCAAAAAGUACAGGUGGUUUUGAAUAUAAAAUUUGAAUCUAGUUUUUAUAUUACACAGGUAAAAUAUAAAAAUUAAUUGAACUUAUUUUUGACAUAAUUAACUUUGUUUUUUAUAUAAC